GUUCGUCGUGGACUCCCAAUAGACGUAGGUUGAGAGCUUAUAGUAUAGCUUGUAGCCAUGGCUGCUGACUUUUCACACAUCUCAUCCCGUAUGAGGGACACGGUCGAGCUCAUCACGCCACUUAUUGACGAGGCACUGGCCACCAAGUCACACUGCAUAGACCUUGCGACGGCUGAGAACUGGCUGUUGAGAUCUGAGCUCCGCCAGAUGUACUCGGCCAGUAUUGCGGGUCACAUGGAAGAAAAGACUCUUUCCUAUCCAACCAGUAUCCUCGGAGACGAGGAUUUGCGUGCAUCGCUGGCCGAGUUUUUUGGGGCCUAUUUCAGACCUCGCGUGGACGUGACAUCGUCUCACAUCGUGGCGACUCCGGGCGCCACGCACUGCAUGGACGCGCUCCUGACCAGCAUCUGCGACUCCGGCGACUCGGUGCUCGUCCCAGUGCCUUAUUGGAACGGCUUUGGCCUUCACUUUCGUCUGCGGCCCCGCGUGAACAUCAUCCCCGUGAUUCCCGAGUGGACGGCUGGACGGCUGGAUGAAAACCCCCAACCGUUAGGCGAAGGUCUCCUUCCCGCGCUGAAGCAAGCCAUGGCCGGCGUGGCCGACAAAGCAAAAGUCAAGGCACUGGUCAUGACGAACCCCAACAACCCCCUGGGUCAAUGCUACCCCGAGGGAGUUCUCCAGGAGGCCCUCGACUUUUGCCGCGAGGCUGGCUUGCACUACAUCUCGGAUGAGCUCUAUGCUCUCAGCCAGCUAGGCGCGGGCGGCGGCUUUGUCUCGGCGUUGAGCCUUGACGCCCGCGGGAGGGGGACGAAUGGUGAUUUGGGCGCGGCCGACCAAGCCAGAGGCGUGGCUUCAGAUUCGGAUGCCACUACAGCUGCGUCUUGCAACGACAAGAAGCAAACGCCCGAUGCAACCCAGUAUUCUGCAUCGACAAAGAGGGAUAAAUGCGACAACAAGCAGCAGGAAGCCCUUGUCCACGUAAUCUGGAGCACCAGCAAAGACAUGUGCUCGAGUGGAGUACGCAUUGCAGCGCUGGUCAGCCAGUCUCGAGAGGCCAAGCCCAUUCUUACGUCGGUCGGCCUCUUGUCCAGCAUGCACGUGUCGUCUCUGAGCUCGCUGGCUACGACUCUGCUCCUCCGCUCGCCGGCCCUACCUGGUCUGGUUGCGGCGCUCUCACGCAGAUUGGCACGCGCUCACGCUAUCGCCCACGCCCGGUUUCGCCGGUGGGGGGUCCCUUUUUUGCCGGCAGAUGCCGGCCCCUUUGUGCUCGUACGCCUGGGGUCCCGGGCUGCAAGACAAGAUAUCAUGGCGAGGCUGCGGUUGGCGCACGUCACGGUGGCUGAGGGAAAAAGCUUUGGCGGUGGUUGGUGCGAUGGCGACGGAGGGUUCUGGGUACGGCUGACCGUAGCAGUGCCGCCGCCGAUGCUGUGGGAUGGACUAAAUCAGAUCGGGUUCGCGCUUGGGCACUCUUGAGCAUUGCUCGCUGAUGGGCGAGAACAGAAAGUGGGUACAAAUAGGUGCACGAGUCGGGUGCUCCACUAAUUCAAGCGGGACGGUCACGUGAAGAUGUUGCCGAAGGAAGGGGUUUCUUAUUUAAAACAGCUACGAAUAACCAGACUGCGUUUCCCU